AUGAGUGAACAGGAAAAGACGGAUAACUAUGAAUCGCCUCGUCUCUCCUUCCCUCCCCUCUCCUCACCUUCCCUCCCCUCCCUUUCCCUGCCCUCCCCUGCCCUUCCCUGCCCUCCCCUGCCCUUCCCUGCCCUCCCCUGCCCUUGCCUGCCCUGCCCUGCCCUUCCCUGCCCUCCCCUGCCCUCCCCUGCCCUUCCCUGCCCUCCCCUGCCAUUCCCUGCCCUCCACCCUCCUCCCAUACUCGCCUUCCCCCGCCUUCCCUACCCCCACCUCCCAGUCUCUCCCCUCCCCUCCCCCGCUUUCCCUCCCCACCCGCGCCUCCCCCCGCCUCCCUCCCCCACGCAGCCCCUUCCCUCUCUCGCCCUCACCUCCCCUUACCCUCCCCUCCCCUCCCCUCUCCUUCACCUUUCCACUCCUCCACGCUCCCGCGAUGAGCGCUGCAAGUACAGUUCAGUCCUGUCAGUCAAGCUGAAACAGUGA